UCGCCCGUCGCCCAUUGCAUCCCCUUCUCUUUCCGGAAUCCGCACACGGCAACUCGUGUCUUUUUGGAAGCCCGGUCCUCCUCCUCCUCGCCUUCCCCUCUUUCCCAUUUCGGUCGGAAGCUCUUCUUAUCGGCCGCUCUCGUAUCCCUAUCUCUAUCAAUUGGGUUGGGUUGUUGAUGGCCGCGACGAGCCAAGCGAGCCUGCUCCUCGCGAAGCAGCUGAAAGAUCUUACCAAGAAUCCUGUGGACGGGUUCUCGGCCGGCCUGGUUGAUGAUACCAAUAUUUUUGAGUGGAACGUGACUAUCAUCGGCCCCCCCGAUACGCUCUAUGAUGGUGGCUAUUUUAAUGCAAUUAUGAGCUUUCCUGCCAACUAUCCCAAUAGCCCUCCAACAGUCAGAUUUACAUCAGAGAUGUGGCAUCCAAAUGUUUAUCCUGAUGGCCGUGUUUGCAUAUCAAUUCUUCAUCCACCUGGGGAAGACCCAAAUGGAUAUGAGCUCGCAAGUGAGCGUUGGACACCUGUGCAUACAGUUGAGAGCAUAGUACUGAGUAUUAUCUCUAUGCUUUCUAGUCCUAAUGAUGAAUCUCCAGCUAACAUUGAAGCUGCUAAGGAAUGGAGGGAGAGGAGGGAUGAAUUUAAGAAGAAAGUCAGCCGCAUUGUUAGACGAUCCCAAGAAAUUCUGUAAGAGCUUGAAAGAGUGGAGCUUUGUCGGAGAUAAAAGGGUCUGCCCAGCUUCAUGCUGGUCUCUGUGGAAGUCUUGUGGUAUGGGAGAGAUGCUGCAUAUCCAGUGGCAGUCUCUUACAACUCUUGUAGAUUUUCCAUUGUCUUCCAGUGGUGGUCUCGUUUUUGUCUCUCAACAAACUGCGGUUGCACGCUAUUUGGUCGUUUGCUUAUCUAAUGUGGGUUUGGUGAGUUUCAAGUGUCUUGGUCUGUUGUAAUGAUUCUAGGGGACACAUCUCACUACUGUAACCCUCUUCAUUUCUAUAAAUUAUGAUCGCUUCAGUUUAGUGAAGUUGGGCCUUCUUCUUUUUCA